AUGGCAGACUCGGCUGGCUACGAUAAAAGCGAGUACCAACGCAUAUUCUCCAAAGUUUUCAACAAACGACUAAAAUAUGUGCUCAAUGUAAAUAUAAUAUUGUCAAUCUUGAUGACAUUGAUCUUGGAUGUGCCAUUUUACACUCGUCAAUUAUUAUCAACUGGACUCCUUUUAUCAAUUGUGCUUAAAGUGCCCGUCUACUUUUUAGCAUUGACAUUGAUCAGGCAAGUCAGGAUCAAGUUUUCGACAGUUGAUUACUCGAGUCAAAAAACACUAGGGCUGCAGAUUUAUCACUCUGUAGGGUCAAACAAGUACCUACAAGUGUCGUCAUUUCACAUGUUAUCAGCGUUGUUUGUUUAUGGUGUUUUUAUUUUCAAUUUGCCAUUCACUUUUGACUACUAUUUAAUCUCGAAGGAGUACAGAAAGAAUCCACUAUUGAAUGACGAGUGGGUAUACUAUUGGAUAUGUCCGAUUAUUAUAGGUGCCUUGUAUUCAGCUAUCCAACUCGUGUUUCAAAGAAACAGGUUAGGCUUUGAGUAUGGUCAUAACAGAAAUAGUCCACAAAACACGUUGUUCACCCAUGUACCACAGGCAUUGGGGAAUUCGUUGGGAUUGACCAUUAUAUUCUCCAUUGCGAAUCCCAUCAUAUAUUGGGCAAUCAGAUCCUAUUUAUACAAGUCGUUAAUCUUGCUCAGAUUGUUUGGCAUAGAUAAUUCAUUACCUGUAAGAAACACAUCCCUUUCGACCUACAUCAAGCUAUCAUUGCUUACAUAUGUGUUGGUCGUUAACUGGGAGUUUGAAAAUCACAUAUUCGGUGUUUACGCCACAAUUGGCUGUCUUGAUGGUAAGAAGCCUAUCUCCUCAUACAGCAAAGAUCCAUUGAACUGCUUGUUAAAGGGGUUGCGCGAUGUCACCCCUAGUCAUGAAUUGAGUAGACUAACGGCAUUUCAAGAAUUGGCAUAUAUUGCAACCACCAAUGACAAGGAAGGUGUGAAAUUGCGAUUAGCCAUAUUCAGCGCAAGGUCAAAGAGGGAGAAUUUGUGGCCAUCACUAUAUGAAGAAUGUUCUUUGGUUAUUCGAGAAGCUAGUGUACAAAUAAACAAAAGGAGCGCUCGUGAUAUGAAGGCGUUAAAGAGUUGGCAAAAGUCCUUGGAGAAGGAAAUUGAUACUGGGUUCAAGAGGAAAAAGGACCAGCAUAUUUUUGGAAAUUCGUUCACGCAAUCUCAAGCGGAAGGGGGAAGCAAGGCUGUAGGUAAUGACACGCAUGUGGAGAGUGGAGGUGCGGUGGCUUUCGUGCGUAAUAAAGUUGCCGCCCCCAUAGUGAAGCUUGUUUCGCCCUACUUACCGCAACAUUUGUUGUUUAAUCACUUCAAGUCUGAUCUUUGGCUAUUUAAAAGCGUUGAAAUCAGCAAAAUAGAUGCUGCUGCCACCGAUGUGAGACAGCACUUUUUGGAAUCGACUUUUGGCGCUCUAUUCCGCAUCACAUUGAAAAGGGACUGUGAAUCGAGAGUGAGAAACCCAGUUAAUUUUGGAAAUGCCAUAAUUGCCAUAUCAAACAUUAUUCAACGCUCAGUAGUGGAAGAUUCACUAAACGUCGCCACACCAGUCUAUAUAAGUAACACGCUUAAUUUAUUGGAAAAGUCAAUUCGCGCUUCAACUAAUUACAGAGAUUAUUUGCCAGCUUCUGUGUAUGUUGGCAUAAAUAAGCCCAAAGCUCACUUGAUAUCGGAAUUGAACAACCUUGAAUAUCACGAGUUUUACAAUUUAUGCAUCCAGUUCAACGGUUUGUUGAAUGACCUCAAUUUGAACCCAAAAGCGUACGAACUUGCAAAAUGGGUUAUUGAUAUUGCCAUUGCCGAUCGAGAGCAGCGUCUGUUGUAUAGUAAUAUGUAUUGA